ACUUCGUCGAAUAAAUUGUGUUUUUUCGCGUGUGUUGCUUCUGUUGCUUUUCCCGUAUCUCUCUCUCUGAUAUCAGGCGUUAUCGGUGCACCAUGAUGCGUACCUGAAAACCUCUUGUCGGUUGUUUUGAUUGCAACAAGAGCCGAGCAAACAAAUUACGCGAAAAGAAACCUAAAACGACUUCAUUGACGACGGGAAAAAUAUCGAUUUUUCCGCAAAAAGUACAUCAAAAGAACUGCAGUAAAUUUGGCACAGAGCUGUGACCGCGUUAGAGUGACGGCAAGACAAAAAAAUAAAGAAAAUCCGUGAAAAAUCAUGGGAAUCCUCAACACAAUCUCCGAAACCUUCUGGUCGACAGAUGUAUGGUUGCCGCCGAACACAACAUGGGCCGAUAUUGCACCAGGAUCACGACCGGAUGUUCAACACACAGAUUACCGGCACCUCGUUUGGCCACUACCGAUGGCCGUUGCCAUGCUUUUCAUUCGACACUGCCUCGAAAAAUAUUGGUUCGCUCCAGUGGGACGAUCGCUCGGAAUCCGCAGCACUCGGCCCAAGCCACCGCCAUUGUGUGCACCACUUGAUGCUGCGUACAAUCAAUGCACCAGAUUAAGUCACAAAACUGUCGUCGCAUUAUCUAAGCAAACGGACUUGUCGGAACGCCAAGUGGAGCGAUGGUGGCGCCGAAGACGUGCCCAAGACAAGCCCACGACGCUCGUAAAGUUCUGCGAAAACUCGUUCCGGUGCGUCUACUACACGUACAGCUUCAUCUUUGGCAUCGUCGUGUUGUGGGACAAGCCGUGGUUGUGGAACAUCAAGGAAUGCUGGUACAGUUACCCCCAUCAAUCCAUCUCAAAUGACGUCUGGUGGUACUACAUGAUCUCAAUGGCAUUCUAUUGGUCCCUCAUGGCGUCGCAGUUCUUCGAUGUGCGUCGCAAAGACUUUUGGCAAAUGUUCAUACAUCACAUCAUCACGAUUGCUCUCAUUGCCUUCAGCUGGAUUUGCAAUUUGCAUCGUGUGGGAUCCCUUGUGCUCGUUGUGCACGAUUGCGCUGACAUUUUCUUGGAGGCCGCAAAACUGACAAAAUACGCCCAAUACCAGAAGAUAUGUGACGCGAUAUUCGCCAUUUUCAUUCUCGUAUGGGUCGUUACGCGUCUCGGCAUGUAUCCACGCAUCAUUUACAGCAGCUCGUAUGAAGCCACGAAAAUUUUACCAAUGUUCCCGGCAUAUUACAUCUUUAAUAGUUUGUUGUUGCUCUUGCUAGUCCUCCAUAUUGGAUGGACUUACUUGAUUUUUCAGAUCGCUCGGCAAGCGUUACGGGCAGGACAGAUGGAUGGAGAUGUUAGAUCGAGUUCAGACGAAAUAUCCGAUAGUUCAGUGGAUAAUCCGGCGACGGCCGCGACAGCAAAUGGCAACGGAAAGCAUCUCGCCAACACCCAACAAACAAAUGGAACACCAAAGAGAGAAGCGAAUGGAAAUGCAAAAGCAACAUCGCUACAAUCAGACAAUCCGACGCCGCUUACGGCUCAGUAGUGUAACGGGCACCCCGACAAAGGCUCCGCGUCUCACGAGUCGCGAGAGAUCUGUAUUAUUAACCAGUACCAGUAACAGCAACAGCAGCAGUGAAUAAAACGGACCAUCUACAAAUUGCUACAAUUACAAGAGAAAAAGUGUACAAUAUGAGAGAAAAACUAACAAGUCCUAAUAAUUUUAAUCGACAGAAAGAUCAAACAACUUCUUUUUUUUUAAAGAUAAUAUGCUUAGAAACUACAAUUACAAACAAAGAAUAAAAUAAAAAUGGAAUCAAAACUUUUAAAAAAGAGUCUUUUUCACAAGAUUCUUUCAUUCCCGUUACUACUUUUAGCUUAGAUUUUUUUAAAAAAUAAAUAAUGGCCACGAUCUGAUGAAAAAAAAUGAUAUAAAAAGAAAAAUUUUAGAUAUUAAGGUGCGGUUACCGCUUAAAAAAAGUUUUUUGUUUACUUUUAAAAAAAAAUUAUCUCGUAAGCUGAGUGGAUUUUCACGCUUUUUAAAUGUAAUUCGUUUAUUUUUUUUUUACUUUUAUUCCACUCGUGACCUAAUCGAUAUUUGAUGCCUUGUUAAAGCUACUUAGGUUAGGAUUGCUUUUUUAAGAUGAUGAGAAAAAAAAAUUUCAAGGAAGAAUUUCACCAAAACCUAAAUUUUUGAGCAUUUUUUGAGUGAAAAGCUUUAAAUUUAAAAAAAUAAAUGAGUUGAAAGAAAUUUAUUUAUAUAACGAUAAUUAUUUUUAUU